AUGUUCAUUUUAGCUAUCUACCUCGGCUUCAUAGGUGCUGCAGGUUGUCUGCCGCAGCCUACAGUGCCGCCUGCAGUCGCUACUUGUUACACUUUACCCAUCGACUUUGCGGUAAACCUCCAGUCCUCGAUCUAUCGCCCAUGUUUCUGCAUCCGAGAUCACAACGCGCUUGUUACUUCCUUAGGCAAAGACGAGCCAUGUCUGCUUGUACGCUCGGCGGAGGCGGAAGCCGCAGGUCUAGAUCCAAGGCAGUACAGUCAAUGGUUCUGGGAAACGACAGAAGGAUACCGUUACUCGUAUGCAGAAUGCUGGAGGGACGACAUCUCGGUGUGUCAGAUGGUUCUUGGUAGUCAAGAGCGAAUGUAG